GUCAACCAGCACGCUGAGAACACAUUCCUCAAAGCUCAUCUGAGCAGCCCAGUUUACAGCUUCUUCUAGUAUUCAGUUAAAGUCUCUCAAAAUGUCACAAUUCUUCCAACAACCACCCAAUCCUCCUUACGGCGCGUCUUCAGCGCAAAACUUACAGUUCUACCCUUCGUCAUACACACCAAAUCCUGUGUCCGGUCACGCAACACCUUCGCAAGCUUCGUAUGGAUAUGGAGCAUCGGGUGGAAGCCCAGCUUAUGGUGCUGCUGGAGGCUUUAAUUCGGGCUUUGGGGCGCCGCAGGGAGUCAGUGGGAGGAUGGGCGAGCAAGGAGGAUUGAGAACUGGAUGGUUGGCGGCAUUUGGGACAGAGGGUUAUGACGGGGAGCCACCGCUGUUAGAGGAGCUUGGAGUGAACUUCUCACAUAUUCAGAGCAAGACAUUAGCUGUUCUCAAUCCACUCGCUCGAAUAGACCAGCACAUAAUGGACGACUCUGACCUCGCGGGUCCCGUUCUCUUCUUCCUCCUCUUCGGAACGUUCCUCAUGUUCUCCGGAAAAGUCCACUUCGGAUACAUUUACGGCCUCGCCCUCCUAGGCAGCAUCUCUCUCCACACAAUACUUUCCCUCAUGUCACCACCAUUAGGAGACACAUCGUCGGAUCCAUCACCUCCUGCCCAUGGUUCUUCACACCUUUCCUCGACCUUAACCUUCACCCGAAGCGCAUCCGUGUUAGGAUAUUGCUUGUUACCUCUGGUGUUGACAAGUCUUGUAGGCGUAAUACUUCCAAUGGAUGGCAUGCUGGGAUAUGUGUUGACGAGCUUGGCGAUUGUGUGGUGCACAUACAGCAGUUCUGGGAUGUUCUGCGUAGUGGGAAGGAUGAGAGAUAUGCGUGGAUUGGUCGCAUAUCCCCUUGCACUAUUUUACAUCAGCUUUGGCAUUAUGGGGAUCUUUUCGAGUAGAGGAACUAAGGUACUAGGAGCUAAAGUUGGAACGGGUCUGUGAGUGUGCAUGGCGGCAUAAUAAAUGGGCGAAAAGGGUUGGUCUUGUAAUUAUAGAGACAGAUGUUCAUUGAGCCUAGCCACUGCUCAGGGCUUUAUUCAAGCACAAAUAUAUCGAACACUUCGCGAACGGUGGUCAUAUGGCAACAAAAUCUG